CAUCAGCUUGUUGUCCUGCUUCACACUGAAUUUUCCAACUAACGGCUUCAAUCAUCCACGAUUCAAUACCUCUGUUAUUUUCACCAAACCUUGGCGGUUUGUCUCUGCGACCAAAUUUCUCCUUCCCUGGACCAAACAGCUUGAACAACCUCCUGCUUCCGCCAUGGAGGCUCAGAAGAUCCCCGAUUUCCUCGCAGAGCAGCUGCAACAAGCCCCGGCUGAGAGCCAGGCCUUCUUCCUCAGCUUUGAAGACUUCUGGGAACGCAAAUUAUGGCAUCAGCUCACAAAUGCCCUGGUUGAAUUCUUCCGCCUACCGGAGAGUGCUCCGCAGCGGUUAGCCAUUUUCAAGUCAUUUAUCCUCAGCUUCUCCGACAAGAUCAAUCAGCUCAAGUUCGUCGCUUUGGGACUGAUGACAUCGACAGAGUGUGCAGAUGAUCAAGAGCGUCUUUCCUUCCUUACGUCGCUUGCGGACAAAGUCAACAAGACCGAUACACAAGAUGCUUAUGUCUAUGCGCUUGCGGAUGUCGCCAACGUGAAACUACGACUUAAGGACCUGGAAGGGGCCCAGAAGGAUCUCGAGACUUGUCAGAAGGCACUUGACUCGUUCGACUCUGUCGAGACAGUUGUCCAUGCAGCCUUCUACAAGGUCAAUGCGGACUUUUAUCAUGCUAAGGAGGAGUUUGCCGCCUUUUACCGAAACGCUCUCCUUUACCUUGCAUGCAUAGACCUCGAAGACCUGCCCGAAACGGAACGCGUUUCACGAGCCUAUAACCUGAGCGUUGCAGCGCUCGUAUCGGACUCCAUCUACAACUUCGGCGAGCUCCUCCUGCACCCUGUGCUGGAUUCUCUGACGGAGACUCCACACGCGUGGCUACGUGAACUGCUGUUUGCGUUCAACCGGGGAGAUCUCACAGCAUACAACGUGCUUUCCAGCAACAUCAACAAGAACAACCUACUCGAGCAACAUCGCAUCUUCCUGUACCAGAAGAUCUCUCUGUCUGCGCUCACGGAGAUGGUCUUCCGCCGGCCCCCACAUGACCGCAACCUGACGUUUGCGUCGAUCUCCUCGGAGACGAAUGUCAAGACCGCCGAGAUCGAACACCUGGUCAUGAAGGCAUUGUCGCUAGGCCUUCUGAAGGGCACAAUCGAUCAGGUCGCACAGGUAGCCCAGAUCAGCUGGGUGCAGCCCAAGGUGCUCGACAUGAAGCAGAUCGAGGGCAUGCGCAACAGGCUGCGCGAGUGGGAUGCUGGCGUCAACCAGUUGGGCCACUGGAUCGAGGGUGUUGGCAAGGACGUGUGGGCUGCAUAGUCUCGUAAAACACAACAAUACGAACUAUCUGUGGUAUUUAUUAUAUCCAAUAUUUUAGAAUGAAAAGGCUCUAUCUAGCCGUUCUAUUAUUAUCCCAUGCAAAGGUAUAAAAAGGGGGGGUUUUUAAAACAAAAAUGGAAUAAAAUUAAAAAAGAGAAACCCCUAAAAGCACACAGCCAACCAACCAAGCCGGCCACCAGACACACCAGACAACGACGGGCGUCCACGAGCCCCAGACGUCCCACCCGAACGCGGCGUGGGUCAGGACAGACUCGACACUAACGCCGGCGUAGUGACAGCCCGCGACAAGGACGGCGGGCGGGGACAGCGCGUUGAGGACGAGCAGACCAGAAAGCGUGGCGGCGAUCCGGACGGGAGCUUUGCUGCAGGAGAUCCGGUCGACGAAAGUGAGCGGCACGCACAGCAGACCGACCAUGAAGGAGAGGGAGAAGUUAAGGGUUGCAAGGG